AUGUCUACAAUCAGAUGGGUUGAUCUGCUGUCAAGCGAAUCAAAUUUCUCACAUUCAGUAACGAACAAUGAUGACAUAGGCGAAAAGGAAAAAAAAAAAAAAUUCCUUUACAAUAAAGAAAAAGAUUUAAACAAUAGUUUUUUAAAUUCGUAUACUCUUGACUUAGACAAUAGCAAUGUUGGCAUAAAUUUAAAAAUUAAAAAUAUGUGUAUUGCAGAAAAAGAUGGAAAACCCAGUGAGAAUGCAAAAAAUGGUAAAAAUCUCAUUGUCGGUACUGAAAAAGAACUCGUUGUGGAAAGUGACCUUAAUGGAAGGAUGAAUAAUAAUGAAAGCGAAAAAAAUACACCAAUGGAAUAUCCAAAUGGGGGUGAAACACUUGUUGGGAAAUGGGAAUUGAAUCAGAGAGAAGAACAAGGAUCAUUUGAUGAUGCCAAGGUGCAUAGUCAAGUGAAUUUCCAAACUGAAAUCCAAAAGAAUGUGGUGAUUCAUGAAGGAGCUAACAAGAACAUAAGUGGUACCAAUAAAAAUUCGACAUCUCGAAUCAAUGAAAACUGUUCACAACCCAACGAUGAAAAUUCUGUAUUACACCAGACCCCUGGGGGGUUUAUAAAUACAAAGAUGUCAAGUCCUGAGGUGUGUUCACCUAGCGAAUUAUUUGAAGUGAAGACCAAAGUUCAGGAAAAGGAUCAAAAAGAAACAGUGCUACAUAUCCCAAACGUAGAUUCAAAUGGAAUAGAAGAAAAAGAUAAAAGUUAUCUAUUGAACACAUCUAAAUGUAAGGAAGAAAAUAAUACAUUUCAAACUGAAAAUGCAGAAAAAAAAAAUGAAAAAGGUAAAAUGACAAAAAUGAAAAUCCCUUCGAAUUCAUCUAACUCGGUUAGCGGGAAAAGGGGUAAAAAAAUAAGGAACGUGUCCCUAGAUAAGCAAUCGAUAAAGAAUUCAUAUUUCACAAAGUAUAUUGUUAAAAGAGGGAAUGAAAAUAAAUCUGCUGUGGAAACAGUCAUGGGGUGUAGCUUGACGAAUAAAGAUCAAAAGGAGACGCACGAGAGGGAGAAACAUGGUCAAAAUCGGGAUCAGAAGCAGGAUCAGAAGGAGCGUCAAAAGCAGGGUCAAAAGCAGGAUCAGAAGCAGGGUCAAAAGCAAGGUCCAAAGCAGGAUCAGAAGCAGGAUCAAACGCAGAUGGGGAAGAAGGAUGUACAGAAAGGAAAAAAGAGAAAAGACAGACUCAGUGUAACGUGUGAAAACAGCACGGCGUCGAAGUUUAACUGCACCGUGUCACAUGAAGUAACGGUGGAUGAAAAUAACAUCCCAAUGAAUCCAACCAAAAAGAUGAAGAACAAAAUGAAAGGAGGAGUGAAACUGAUGAUGAAGGAAGGAGGAGGCGAUAAAGGAAUAAACAAGAAUGCUGAAGAAGAGGGAGAAUAUGAGAAAAGAAAAUUAGCUCCAUUGUGUCAUGAAAACAAAGAUAGUGAAACGAAAAUAAAAUUAAUAAAUAACUCAACAAAGGAUGAACCCAAAAUGAGAAAAGAUGAAAAAAAUAAUUUGGGAAUAGUUGAAAAUAUGCCCCUUCCGCAAUUUUUAACCCCCAUGCAAAAUUAUCAACUUAUGAAUAAUGACAAUAUAGAUUUAGAAAAAUUUAAAAAUUUUGAUAAUAAUUUUAUUAACUAUUUAGGUGAUAUAAGAAACAAUUUUAGUGAUCCCUUUGUGAAUUCAAAUAACAAUCGGGUUAACAGUAGAUUAAAAGAAAUUGCAGUUGGGAAAUCAACUAAGGAAUAUAAGAACUAUGUCAAACUUGUGAAAUAUGAAGAGAGAAUGGAUGAUGAUCCAAGUACUCCAAAUGCUUAUGAAAAUGUAACCAAUGCGAAAUUUCAAGCAAAAUAUAACCUAUGGCGUAAGAAGUUGCACAAAUUUGACACGAUCAGUUAG